AUGUGUAUAAAAGGCGUUAACAGUCCGAGAUCUGAUAUCAGUUACUCUUCUCGAGUCUCCCAGGAAACAACAUGAAGUUCUUCAUCGCUUUCGCUUGCCUGUUGGCUGUGGCCUGCGCCUAUGAAAAUGUUGAUGUCAUUAGUGACGCAAGAAAUCUCGACAUUGACAGCUUCCAAACUGAAUAUAAGCUCUCGAACACGAUUGAAUCACAACAAAGCGGUAAACUGAAUGGUGAAAACUGGGUGGUUACUGGACAAAAUAGCCAUGUCUCUCCUGAGGGUGAAAACGUUUUCAUUCAAUACGUCGCCGACGAAAAUGGCUACAAUGUUGUUAAGGCCAAUCCUCCACUGCCCACCCCACCUGCAAUCCCAGAGGCAAUCCAGAGGGCCAUUGAAUAUAUCAGGGCCCAUCCGAUCCCUGAAAAUCAGAACUAAGUUUUUCUGUCUUGUUAAUAAAUGAAAAUUGAUAUUAUUGA